AUGGCUUCGCGGACAUUUCAGACUUGCCAGCAGCAGCUUGGGAGCUCGCUCAAGAUUUCGACCACAUCUGCGGGCGUACGAGUCGCACAGAGAAGCACAUCUACUUUGGCGAAUUUCAGGGUGCCUACGAUCAACAAUGAACCAAACGUAAGGACAACGACCUGUUCAAGACUCGCUGAGAGCGAGCUGACCUGCUCCAGAAACACUAUGAGAAGGACUCCGUGGACCGAGCGAAGCUCGCUGAGGCUAUAGCGACCCUCCGAUCCAAGGCUCCCUUGCAGGUCCCGAUCGUAGUCGGCGGCAAAGAAAUCAAGACCUCGAAGAUCUCCGAGCAACCCUUCCCUGCGUCACAUAAGCAAUCCAUCUCGUCUUGGUCGAACGCAUCCACACAACAUGUCCAGACGUCCAUCGAUUCGGCUUUGGCAGCGAAGAGCUCGUGGGAAAGCUUGCCCUUCGCAGAUAGGGCAGCGGUGUUCUUGAAGGCGGCCGAUCUAGUGGGAACAAAAUACCGAUACGACAUCAUGGCUGCCACAAUGCUUGGACAAGGCAAGAAUGCUUGGCAAGCCGAAAUCGACUCCGCUGCGGAGUUGGCUGAUUUCUUGCGGUUCAACGUUCAGUACGCCCAGGAUGUGUAUGCGCAACAACCUGUGCACAACGCCCCUGGCGUCUGGAAUCGCGUGGAGUACAGGCCGCUGGAGGGCUUUGUGUACGCCAUCACACCGUUCAACUUCACGGCGAUCGCAGGCAAUCUUCCGGCUGCACCGGCGCUUAUGGGCAAUGUUGUGGUCUGGAAGCCUUCUCCAGCUGCAAUUGCCUCCAACUGGCUAGUCUACCAGAUCUUGAUCGAAGCUGGCUUGCCUCGCGAUGUCAUUCAAUUCAUUCCGGGUGACGCUGUCGAGAUCACCAAGACUAUUCUGUCACAUAGGCAAUUCGCGGCACUCCACUACACUGGCUCCACUGCGGUCUUCCGCCAGCUGUACGGCCAGAUCGGUGCCAACACUGCGGAAGGCAAAUACCAGGGCUACCCACGCAUCGUUGGUGAGACUGGUGGUAAGAACUUUCAUCUUGUCCACCAAUCGGCGGAUGUUCACAAUGCUGUUAUCAACACUGUCCGAGGAGCUUUCGAGUACCAAGGUCAGAAGUGCUCUGCAACCUCGCGCGCCUACUUUCCCCUUAGCACCUGGGAGCAGGCCAAACCUCUCCUGAUCGAGGAGACGAAGAAGUUGAAGAUUGGAUCGCCCGAGAAGUUCGACAACUUCAUCGGACCUGUCAUCCACCAGCAAUCUUUCGACAAGCUCUCGAAAGCCAUCGACGAAUCGAACAAGGACUCCGAACUCGAGCUGCUGGUUGGCGGCAAACAUGAUGGCAGCGAGGGCUACUACAUCCAUCCUACCAUCUAUGUGACCAAGAAUCCCCAACACAAGAACAUGAGCACUGAAUUCUUCGGACCUAUCCUGACCAUCUAUGUCUACGAUGAUACCAAGGACGCAACCAAGGCCUUUGCGGAUAUCUGCAAGACCAUCGACGAGACGUCCGACUAUGCUCUUACGGGCGCUGUCUUUGCUCAGGACAGACAUACUUUGAACUUCGCCGAGAAUGCUCUUCGCAACUCUGCAGGAAACUUCUACUUAAACGUGAAGUCGACCGGUGCCGUUGUGGGUCAGCAGCCAUUUGGUGGUUCGCGUGCAUCUGGUACCAACGACAAGGCUGGAUCCGCAAACCUGCUCAGCAGAUUCGUGAGCAUGCGUGCUAUCAAGGAGGGCUUUUUGCCCGAGAAGGAGGUUUUGUACCCAUCCAACUACGUCUGA